AUGUAUCCGACCCCUGGUAUCCUCCCAACAGCCAAUAACUUGGGUCAGCAGCCCAUGCACGCUAUCCCGGGCAACCUGGCUAAGCCCACCACUAAGGCCGCGCAGGAUGCCUCUAUGGAGAAGAGCUAUACUCGAGUUUGGGUUGGAGGCCUCCCUCGGAACACGUCCGUCGAGAACGUGAAGGAAGAACUGCAACGUAUCUUUUCCCAGUAUGGUCAGGUCUCGGACAUAUGUGUGAUCACCACUGCUAGAGAUGUGAUGGCCUUCAUUCAGUACGGAGUCGAAUCGGAUGCCUCUAGGGCUCAGGACGAGAUCAAUGGCACGUACAUCCUAGGGUCGCGUGUGAAGGCAAACAACGAUCAGGUCAACUACGCAGUCAUUCGUGGGUCGGCAGGGGCUCCUCAAGGGCCGGGGGCUAUACAGCAAGAGAAGGAUGCGAAGAGGAAGCGACGCCGAAUACCUCGGGAAGGCUCCGUCUUUGAGGUUAUCGUAGUGGGCUUCCCGCAGGACAUUACUGAGGAUGAGUUGACGAGGAUUGGAGAGCAGUACCAAAGUCGCGAUAUUGAGAGUCUUCAGCUUGUAUCGAAGUGGACUGAUGGAGACGACAAGAAGUACAUCGUUUUAUCUAUCAAUUCUGUGUUAACCUUACGAUGUCGCCGAGAGCUGGAUGGUGCUUAUUUCGAGGGCGGUGACAGCAACAAGAAGGAUCGAUAUAGACUGUCCGCCUAUACUCUACGGCAAUACAAUGCCAAAUACGCCCGAUAA